AAUGUCUGUCUCUUCUUACUGUGCCGCUUGUUCACCUUUUCUGUGGCAAGCAUAGUGAACGGUAUACAUGAUAUAUAUAUACAUAUUUAUAUAUAUAUAUCAGAUGUCACACGGGUGUUAAAUAUUGAUUAACCGUAAAAAUGGCGUGAAAAUUCAAAAGCAAAUUUGAAAUGUGCCGACAUGUCAUCUCGGUAGUCGCUGCAUCCUUUCAGGCGUCUACCGUAGUUACAUUGCCAAUUUAACGGAAAUACUGGAUCCCUAGAUGAAAAUGAUGAUAUCAAAAUUUGGUCUGUUCUUAUGGAUGAAUAGUAGGGAAAAUCCUGUAGUAAAUUUAGAAAGGCCAGUGUCUGGUCUAUUAAUAUCAUUUUGAAAGUAUAGACAGCACCGCAUAUUGAAGGAUUUCCAAAUCAUGAAGAUGCUGGCAAAGCGUAUGUUCCCAAGUUUGAUUACUUGCAGUUCUAAGGCUGCUGGCAUCUUAGCACCUUUAACUAUUCCUCCUGCACAUAUUGCUGCACUUUACUAUUUCUGGCCAGAAUUCUCACGAGAUGUCGACAAGCGUUAUUGCUCAUGUUCUUGUUGGGACACCGUGUUCAAGGGCUCCUAUGAAUCUGGUGUUGCAUCUUACAAGCAUAUGUAUUUUAAUGCCACUGCUAAUACCAUAAAAAUAUGGUUUAUGAUAGUAGUUGGUAUAAUUAUAUUUUACGAAAGUGUGAAAGAUUUAGCAUGGCUAGCUAUGCAAUGUCGUCUGAGAUUUAGAAUGUUGAUACUUUUUGGAACUGCAGUGUUUUCUCAUUACUAUUCAUGGUGGGUGUACAUAAAUUAUUGGAAUGACGAGUUUUAUUCCCAGUGGUAUCAUCAAUUGUUUUUCACUGCUACCGAAUUAUUGUCAACAAUUCUGGUUGUUCAUUUGGCUGAUGCAAAAAAUCCAAUCACACAUAGAAAAGCAUUUGGCAUCGCUGCUAUUGCAAUCAUGCAUAUUUUAGCUGGUAGUUGGGACCAGUUCAUCACCAAUGUUGUUAGAGGAGAGGGAUAUUCCCAUCAGGUAAUUCGGGAUCUGGGGUUCAUGAUUCCUGAUAUUCUUCAUGUUGCCAUCCCUCUAUGGUCUGUGGAAUGGCGUAACGCCUAUGGCCUACCUGGAGCUGGUUCCAGUCAGAAUAUCAGACGUGAUCUCACGUGUAUUUCAGGAAUGGUUAUAAUCGGAUUAUGUUUUUGUGCUGCCCUGUGAUAUGCAAAGCGAUGAGUUAGUAAUCAAAAUAAACAUGAGCAGCUGCUUAGUGCUUAUCUUAAAAGCAUAGCAAUGAAUGGAACUUUGGAUUAUAACAGGUAUUACUUCUGUUUUACAUUGAUCUAAUCUUCCAAAUCUUUGUUUCUAUAUUUCAACCGCUGACAACAUCUUACAGAUUCAGAUGGUCUAUCAAAUUUGUUUGGGUGAAUUUUAACCAAUGAACUUUCAUCAAAAUCUGUGACAAUUUGGACAGCUCUGUAUCUCAACGAGAAAUUGUGUUUUUAAGAAUGUUUUUUUUUUGUCAAAAUUGUCAUUAUUGGUAGUGAAAAUGUUCAGGGGCCACUAUUGCGAUAUUUCAUACCGUUACAGACCAACGAAUUUGAAGAUAUUUUAUUUAAGAACGGACACGACUGUAGCCAUAUGAGAUAUUGCGUCAGGGAGCGGUAAAGUUUGGUACAACUAGUACUAACAAUACACCGUAAAUUCUUAUAGAAUUUUUAUUGUUGAAUAUUUGCUGGACUUAAAAAAAAAAUUAUAACUUAAUGUAUUGUAAAAAUGUACGUUAUUCAAAGGAAAAAUAAAAUUUUCAGUAUAGGCACCAUUUUUAGUUGACAAUGAGAUACAGAGUCGUAGUUUGACACAGUGACAGGGAUCAUUGGUUUUAUGAAUCAUGAGUAGGGAAUCAUUUAGGUAAUUGGACAUAAAAAUUUAGUACAAUCAACCAAUGCCGUUUUUAUCAAUUUGAAUGAGUAACCUCUUUGUAUAUCACAAAAAGCGAUAGAGAAGUUUUUAUUUGGUGUGGUAAAUUUUGUUGUCAGCUGUUGUUCACCAUGUACAUUGUUUAGUUAGUAUUUGUAACUGUGACACAACUCAAGUUUACUAUUUCUUUGUAUCAUGUGUUGCAUAUUGUAUUGUGUUGUCAAGUAAAAUUAAUUCGAGAUUGAAGUUUUAAACAUUAAUGUAACGGAAUACUGAAAAAAAUUGUUGUUUCGCACGUUUAGAAUGUGUUUGAAAGAAUUAAGUUCUCAAUAUUAACAUUUUGCAUCUUUACUGUUUACUGAAUUUCACAAAAUUCUGCAGCUGCGAAAUAACAAAUUUUCUACAAAAUGCAUCGUUGCAAUAAUAAAUAACUUCAAUCUUACAAAUUAAUUGAGUUUUUUGGAUGCAGGGUGAUUGUUUGAUUCUCCAAGAAGGCAGCAAAAGAAUUACGUACGUACCACAAUUGAGAUCAACCUAAAAGAUAGAAUUAUUUAGUUGUGUGGAUCCAAUGGUGAAGUUUAUGAACCAAUAUGUGUAAUGAUGAAACUAUUGUAUUAGACUCUUGUUGAAGUUCGCGCUUUUUCAAAAUCGCAAUCUACAAUACAGUGGGAAUUUAAUUAUUUUCGAAUUCGACCUAAAAUUAAAGUGGGUAUCGAGUGUGGAUUCCCUAAUGUCCAACCAGUAAAAAGACAGAGAAACUCCGGAAUUCAGAUUCAGUGAGUACUUUUCUUUUCUGAGUCGACUUAUGAACGUCUUCCACCAUAUCAAUGGUAUUCUCAAUAUUAAGUACGUAAAUCGAAUCCUAUGUAUCAAAAUUUAUUUCAACAUCACAUACUUAUUCACGAGUAUUCAAUAUUGGCAAAUAAACCUUAUUAUUGGGCCACUUUAGAUAACGAUGGAGGUAAUUGUUGCUAGAUCUGACAAAAUGACUCAGCCUUCUGACAUGAGAACUGAAUACGAAUUUGGACUCUGUUAAAAGCUAUACUUAAGGGGAUUGUCUAGUGUAAUGGCUGUAUUUUUAAAGGUUUUUUGGAUAUUUUUUUGAGAUACAACUUUGAAAUAAAAUUUCUCAUAGUUUUUAUGUUCUAUUUAUUGACAUUUAAACAAACUUUGUACAUUUUUUGGAGACGAAAUAGUGAAUAUAACCUAAAAUAGCCCGAUAGGAUCUUAUGUAAAAAAAUGUAGACAGGAUAUAUCAAAAAGCACUAGACCGAUCCUAUUCAAAUUUUUACAGCAUCUUUAUUAUACCUAUACUUAUAGCCUCAACUAGGAUAAUCAUGAUGACUUUGAUAAUUUUUGUUUUACGAGCUAAACAAAUUGAUCAAUAACUGCAAAUCAAAUAUUUUUUCAUAAAAUAUAAACCACCAAAGCAAUCAUGAUUAUCCUAGUUCACGCGAUAGGUAUAGAUACAAUAAAGUGCUGUAAAAAUUUGAGUAGAAUCGCUCCAGUGCUUUUAGAGAUAUCAUGUCUACACUUUUCUUACAUACGUUCCUAUCAGGCGGUAUACAUUAGGUUAUGAGAAGUUUUAUUUCAAUGCUUCGACUUAAACAAACCCCCAAAAAAUCGUUAAAAAAAACAGCCUUCAUAUUACACGACCCCCUUAACUUUGAAAGUUGGUAGCUCUUAGUAUAUGAACCAAAAAAAGCAGUGAAAUAUCGCUGAUUAGUUAUUGUAUACAAUGCAAGAUCUCUUGAUGUGAGAGUGUUGCUACCAGUGGUUACGUUUUAAUAACCUGAAGGAACUAAUAUUGUGUUCGAGUUUGAGCAUUAGUCCCAAUAGGUCGUAUUUUGACCAAAGAGUUAAGGAGUGUUAAGGAGUUAUAUACGAGUAGACAGCUGAAAAGGGGUUGAAUUUUGAAAAUUCAUAUCUCAACAACCAAUUAUUCAUCAAGUCAAUCGAACUCUGCUUUAUACAAAAGUAUGUAGACAGUCAUCAUUUAUCACGAGCAAACUAUUUGACGUUAUUGUCAAUAAAAAUACUUGAUCUACGUAAUUUUUAAUAAAACAGACUCAGAUCGAAUUGAACAAUUGGUCGUCGAGAGGUAAAUUCCCAAAACAUACCCAUAUUUUCAGCCAUCUAUUUGUCUACACCCCCUUAACACAGUUCACUAGGCAUAUCUUUUUGCUCAAUCUAGAAGCUCGAAGUAGUUCAGGGUUAAUUACAGUUUUUUAUACUUGCCGACUCAUCAACUGCGGUCAUAAUUUAAUUGAAUUCGGUCACUGCAGAAAACUAUUGUCUCCCUAUGGUUUUCACAUCCGUUUGUCCUGCAAAUAAAUCUCUGGUCAACAAAUCUUACAAUCAAUAGCAUGUUGAUCAUCCAUAAUUUGAUAGAAUUUUUUAUAGUACAUAUUUUAUAAUACGUUACUUCACCAAGGUAAUUGAUAUUAUAGUUAUAGAUGAGACAAGAUGUUUUAUCGGUUUAAAAUAUCUUAAAUCAUACUAUAGGUUGUUUUAAUUGUUAGACUAUAGUGUGAUCAAACAGCAUAAAUUAAUCGCGUUGAUUUUUUUACUUCGAUCUUACUUAUUCAUUCAUUGUUCGUAGUGUUCAAGGAAUGUCAGUAAGAAAUUCAUGUUAAACAUAUUUUUUUAAUUUUUCGCUACUCAAAUAGUGCAUUUUCAAAGACGUUAAAACGCAAUUUGUAUUUACAGAUAUGUAAAUCACUCAAAGAAUUAUAAAAUUAUUGAACAUUCAUACUGAUAAAAUCGUGAACACAAACAAUUUAUUUGACAAAUUCGUUCGAAAUUUCUUACUCACAUACGACAAUAAGAAUAAUCAAUUACCGUUUAAGUUACUGUUGCAAAUUCUGUAAGAGGCUAUAUUAAUUCCCAUGUAUAUUUAUUGUAGUACAGUAGCAUUUACGUACAAAUGAAACAGGUAAAGACUAGUUUAGUACAGAUAUUUUUUAGUAUAACUCAUUAAAAAUUUACUCUCUGUUUAUACUUUUUAUUGCGAAAAAAAUUUAGUUUUAUUUGAAACCUUGCGAGAACGAUGUAGUCAGUAUUUACCGACUGAAGGAAAUGUCGCUUCAUUUGAGUGCUACAGAAAAUGCAUGCUGAACAAAAGUAUCGAAAAAUAUUUCUGCUUCAUGCACAAAAAUAAAAAAGGCUGGGAAAUGUUUUCAUAAAGUGAGUAGUACAUAAUAGAAUUACAGGAAUAGAUUUUUUGACAUUAUUGUUGCGUAAAAAAAACUUUUUUGGGGUACUUGUAUUUCACAUUGCAUGUAGAAUUGCGCGAACUGCGGUAUUUUUACAUCAGUGAUGUUUAUGUUUUGAUAAAAUUCAAAAUAAAUGACAUUCAACGCGGUCGGUAAACAUUGACUCUAGCGUCCGCUUAAAAGACUAUGGGGUGUACAGUCAGGUUGAAAAAGUGUUGGCACAAAAACGUGAUGAAACAAAGCUUUAGAUAGUGUCACUGAAGCUAUUUUAGUUACAUUCAGCUGUAAAAAAUGAAAUGGAAGAAUGGAAAUGUUAAAACACUGAAAUUCAACUGUAAACAACUCAUUAUUUUAACUACACCAUAGAAACCUCAUUAUUCUACUCUUUUUUCGCCGAAAAAUCUGUAUUACAUUUCUAAUUCCAAUUAGCAAUAACUGAUUUUAUCCGUAAAUAGAUUCUCCACAGAUCGUCUAAUAAUGAGUAAAAUUGUGAUGAAUUGUAUACAUCUUUUUUCUUGCCAUCUGACAAACUCAAGAAAGAAUAUGUCUCGGACAAUUUGCAAGGCAUUCAUUUACGAAUAAAAUGAGUUAUUUGUCAAUAGAAUCAAACAAAUUACUUGGAUUAUUCGGUGAAAAAAUAAUGUGAUAAUGCAAUUUCUCUGACGCUCAUAACGCGGUGUUCACAAUUGAAAUUCAGUAUUGAAACAUUUUCAUCUGGGUCACAUAGACUUUUUGAAUCUGAUAUACCUUCGUCAGCUUCAGUUGCCCUGUUUAACUUUCGUUUUCUUAUUUUUUUUAAUAAAAGCCCUAUACACGCAUUAAAUAUUUGACGACCUUGUAACGUUAACAUAUCCAAUCAUUUUGCAAUUUUAGAAUGGCUACAACCGCAGCUAUUCAGAAAUAAGGUCUUAGUAAGGCCAAUUUAUUGUAUUCCGCAUAUAUAAACCUAUACACCAAUUUUAAAGUUGUGAAAUAGCGUACCAAGUUGAACGUCCUAAAGUGUUUUUUUUUGUGCAUAUAUUUGAGAAAUUUACAAUGUCAAAAGAACUCAUUCUAUUGCAGAUCAUGAAAUGUGAACUAAUAGUAAGUCGAAAAGACGUUUCAAUUCUUUAUAUGAUGUAUUGAUUAUAUUAUUUUUAUCUACGAAUACAAUAUUUGAAGAAGAAGAUAUAAUUAUUAGGUACCUAAAUGUAAGGUAGUGCAGAAAAGCAUAUAGAAUUUUAUAUACGAAUUUGACUUUCCAGGUAACUUUUCGUGUUCAACGAAAUGAACCAAUCUCAAUAUUUGUCUUUUGUUUCUGCAUGCAAUAAUUUUUUGAACCUGCAUCCUUAUUAGGAUGGUCCUUAAAAAGGUAAUUUUUGACUUUCGACUAGCUCGCCCCCCAAAUCAGUUCCAGAUAAUUAAAAAAUAACGAACUCAUUUUUUCAGAUUCUUAUAUCAACUCUAAGCAGUCCCGAAAGAGGGUGGAUUCCAUUCAACCCUUUCAGGGGCACAUCAAAUCUGCCGAAGGGAUUUAGAUGAAAUUUAGUAUAGGAGGGUUUCUUAGGCUGCCGGUUACGAAUCUGAACUCAAAAUUUGCAAAUUCAAAAUGGCAGACCCAAUAUGGUGGAGCUAAAUCCAAAAAGUCAUUUGAUUUCCGAAAAACCGUAAUCGAUCUGUAAUCGAAAUUCCAAAGUUCUAAAUGGUGGAUCCAAUAUGGCAAUAUCAAGUGACUUGGGAUUUUGGUCCACCAUGUUGGAUCGCCAAUUUGAAAUCAAAAAUUUUGUGUUCAGAUUCUCAACAAGUGACCCAAAAAACCUCAUUAGACCAAAUUUCAUCUAAAUCCGUUUUCUAGAUUUGAUGCGCCCCUGAAAGGAUUGAAUGGGGAAAUCCACCUUCUUGGGGACACGGGUUAAAGUUAAGAUAAAAAUGUGAAGAAAUUAGGGAAUUACUUUUCAAUCAUUUGGAGACGAUUUGGAGGGUGAGCCGGUCGAAAUUUGAAAAUUAUCUUUUUAAGGACCACCCUAAUCCUCAUGUACAGAAAUGAAUGAAAGAAGUUUAGGACUUUUGCUUUAUUGAGAGUAUCAUUUCGUUCCAACGACAAUACUCGAAAAAUCACUGAUUCUACGGAUAGUUAGUAAGUUUAGAAAGAAGAGAAAGGGUACUUACUAAAAAAGCUCACCGUUUGGGUAUUUUUAAAAGUCCAGAAGCACAAGACUUUGCACCAGUGAAAGAAAACCUUUUCAACUCAGAGUUUCUGUACUAAUGCAGUUUUUAAACAAAUUGCAAACAAUUUUUUCGAGGUGCAGAAAUUUCAUGUUAAUAAAUUAUCGAUGUCAUCGGGUUUUGGAGUUUUGCAGUAUUGGGAAUGGAAAUGUAGGAUCUGUGACAUGUGGUGGCAAAAAUGCAUUACUCUGACUGAGCCUUGUUGAAUUUUGAAACACCUCGUUUAUCGUAUCUUUUGCAGCAUAUUGAUUCCAUGUGAAAAAAGUUAAGCCUCAUAAUUUGCAAAAAGUUGCCGGUACUUUCCCAUUCGCGUAAUUAACCUGAAACUAUAAGCUGAUAAUCGAUCUUUCGACGCCAAAUUGUUUAGUCAUGCCCCUUUAUUAGUUUCCAAAACUCGGCAAAACGCGAUGACUUUUUCAACAAGCCAAAGAUCAAUAAUUCACAGUUUGGGCCCAGAUUUGAAAACAAAAUCGAAAAUAAAACGUUUAGAGUGGCAUCAUAAAUAGUUCUAAUAUGAAAAAUUCCGUACUUCGUUAACAUCGGGGUUGUAAAAUUCUGAAUGAAAAAAUAAUACAUUCACGAUUAAAUUAAAUUUUUUAAUGAAAAUUUUUUUCCAUAAAAUAAUUAAAAUUAAUGGCAAUGGAAAUGCUUCCUAUCAAAAAAUCAAAAUUAAUGAUUAAUGAAAAUACCAAUGCAUUAAAAAGUUGAUGCAUUAUUUAAAACUCUAGUUAACAUCAUAUUUUGUUAGUCAAAUUUUGAAUUCUGAAUCAAAUAUCUUGUUUUCCACGAAAUCUCAUCGGAUAAAUUAACAUUUAUUUACACUAAAUUGUAUCGGAAGUAUCGCCGACUGGUAUCUACUAAUAGCUUAGGAUUUAUAAGUAUAUGUACACCUCCCGAGGUGGAUUCUGACAGAUUCAAGUCAACCCGUGUCGACUGCUGUGCAACACGGGUGGCUUUGAAUCGGUCAAAAUCCACUUUGGGAAUUGUACAUGGAAAGUUUCAAAUCAAAACGUUACAUAAAUAUUUAUAGACGGAUAACUUUUUAUAUGAAUUUUCUGCACGUACGUAUCUGAAGGGUCCCGCUUCAACUUUUAGCGCCAAUUUCAGAGGUACGUGAAAAUACUUGAUAGAUAGGUGGAUUGUUUAGAUAUGAGAGAUUGAUAUAAUAGCUGUAUUACGGUAGAUGUUUACACACUUGAUUGAAUAAUUUGACGGACGAGUCGGACUUUGAAGGGCCGGAUGGUAUAUUAUAGGUACAAAAGAACUAUACAACUCUUGAGAAUCAACAUCAAGUGUCUCGCGCAGUUGAUUUAAACAAUAAAAACUGUUAUGUUUCAUGUGGAUUUUAUGUGUGAUGUAGUAUGAGAGUAGCAAAAAAUGAUUUUCUUCCCAAUACAAGACGGCUAUGAGAAUUUUGAAAGUGCCUCUACGUAUAAUAAUAACCGAAAUUAUUUAUAUCUAUUAUUGUUAAUGAAAAAUAGUUAUGAUUUGUAUACAUAUAAGAUUUAAAUUGUGAACACUUUAGAGACUUGUUUUAUAUAGAACUUUGGAAUGAUGUACAGGCAGCUGUGCAAUUUAAUUUUUUAUGUUUCAUAUAUUUUAUAGAACUUUCUUCGAUUGUUUUUUUUUAUAUAUAGUAUCUACAGUAGUAAUACGUAGUUAAUUAAUAGAAUUAGAAAUUUGUUACCAAAAAUUACAACUGCUCUGUCGGAGUAUCGGACUUUUCAAGCUAAAGUGUAAUCGGAACCUAAAUCCCAAGUAUUUGUUAUUUUACAAAACACACAGAAGUAUACGAAUAUUAUUUUAUUUUUACAAUAACCGUAAAUACUCGUUUUUUUUUUUAGUAUCACUUUAGGCUGACGAAGAUUUACAAUUUUAAAUUCAACUGUACUCUAAACACUUAUUACACUCACGAAUUUCACUGCUCCAUUGCCUGGUGAGUCCCAAUACUUCGUGUCGCUGGAAACUGUCGUAAUAUUUCGUAGGGGAUAAUAUCACGAAUGUCCGUUAAACGUUUAACUGGCGUAAUAUAUAACGUCCUGUUAUAAUCUCCUGUUUUUAUCAUUUUGACUGUCACAUUUACGCUGGUUAUACGUUUCACAAGAUAACAACAAUGAAGACUAGAUUAUAACGGGCCAUUAUGUAUUACGCCAGUUGAACGUUUAACGGAUGUUCUUGUAUUCGAUGUCCUAUCGAGAAUUGAAGCAUAAUCUUUAUCGGUAGCUACUCUGAAUGUAACAGUAGCAGAUUGUAACAAAUAACGCACACUAAUAUGUUCGAUACGAUAAAACUAGAACAGUCGACAAAGAAUUCUGUUAUACGAUUGUUAUUAAAUAAACGAGUAUCUGUCGAUCGGUUGAUUACGAAAAAUAGAACAGGUGCACUGAAAUUUCAGUUUUAACCAAGACCUCGUGGUUUACGUAAAAAUUACCGAAGGUCCUUCUACCGUUUAGAUUGUACAAUUUUAGACAUAGGUAAACUGUUUGUAGUUCUAAACGUAACCGAUUACUCGAUACGUUCUAGAUAAUUACUGCAUUUCAAAGAUUUUCAUAGUUUAUUUUCAAAUUUGAAAUGACCUGUAUAGUAUUACUGUCAUGGAGUGAUAAUAGUCAUAUCAGAAAUGCGAAGUGCAAUAAUGAAUAUUUUACUUCAGUAAUCCUUGUACAACAAGCAUCUUAGUAAUUUAUUAAUUCUCACGUGUAGUUUAUUGUGAAAAAAAAAAAAUCGCUGAAAACUAAAUAAACUUUGCAGCGAUA